GAUGCUCAGCAGCAGAGGGCGGUGUCGCGCGGGACCUCGCAGUCCUUCCAGGGCUGUUUAUUUCAGGAAACGGGACAGUCGGUAAAUACAGCCACAUUCUUCGGGUGGCACACGAACCGCAGACGCAGGAAAGCAUGCUGAGGGCUGUGUGAGCAGGACGCGAAGAUGGUGUUUGAGUCAGUGGUGGUCGAUGUCUUGAACCGGUUUCUGGGGGACUAUGUGGUGAACCUCGACAGCUCGCAGCUCAGCCUCGGCAUUUGGGGAGGUGAUGCUAUAUUGAGAAACCUUGCGAUAAAAGAAAAUGCCUUGAGUCAGCUGGACAUUCCUUUCAAAGUCAGAGCGGGACACAUAGGGCGUUUGGAGUUGAAGAUCCCUUGGAAGAACCUGUACACUCAGUCUGUGGAGGCCACGCUGGAUGAAGUUUUCCUGCUCAUCGUGCCUACUGCUAGUAUAAAGUAUGACGCAGAGAAGGAGGAGAGGCAGCUACAGGAAGCUCAGCAGAGGGAGCUGCAGCGGAUCGAGGAGACCAAGCAGAAAGCAGCAGAAAAAGAGAAUCCAAAGGCAGAGAAGCAGGACACGUUUGUGGAGAAACUGGUUACACAAGUGAUCAAAAACCUGCAGGUGAAGAUCUCCAACAUUCACGUCCGCUAUGAGGAUGAUGUCACCAAUCCUGAUGCGCCGCUCUCCUUCGGAGUGUCCCUGCAGAACCUCAGCCUCCAGACAGCUGAUCAGAAUUGGAUGCCAUGUCUUCUGGAUGAGCAAGCCAAGCUGUUUUUCAAGCUUGUACGUCUGGACAAUCUGUUUGCGUACUGGAAUGUGAAUUCAGAGCUCUACUCCAACCACAACCCUGAGGAGGCUCUGCAAUACCUGAAGCACAGUGUAGCCAUCCAGAGCGCUAUCCCUCAAGAUUAUAAUUUCAUCUUUCGUCCAAUAUCUGCAAACGCCAAGCUGCGCAUGAAUCCUCGCUCUGAUGUGGACUUCUCCUCCCCGAAAGUGGAUCUAGUGGUCAACCUCCCUGAGGUGGCUGUUGAACUUAGCCGUCCACAGUACGUCAGCAUUCUGGAGCUGUUGGGGUCGGUGGAUAUGAUGACCCGUAACCUUCCAUACAGGAAGUAUCGUCCAGAUGUGGCAGUUCACACUAAUGCGCGUCAGUGGUGGCGAUAUGUGAUCACAGGCGUUUUGGAGGUCAAUGUAAAGCCCCGCCUUCACAUGUGGUCAUGGCAACGCAUCCGUCACCAUCGGCAACAUGUGAAAAAGUACAGAGAGCUUUAUAAGAACAAAAUCACCAGUAAGAAGCCUGCAGAGAGUCUGCUGAAGGAGCUUGAGGAGACUGAAAGAACCCUGGAUAUAUUCAACAUCACAAUGGGGAGACAGCAGGCUGAGAUGGAGGCCUCAAAGGCGGGGCUCAGGAUAUACCGUCCUGGGGUGAAGGUGGAGGAGGAACAGUCGGAGGGCUGGUUCGGCUGGAUGUGGAGCUGGUCUGGAGAAAGUGGAACACAAACCAAAGAUGUCAAAACGGGAGGUUUUGAUGAGCUAAUGUCUCCAGCGGAGAAAGCCAAACUAUACGCUGCCAUUGGAUACAGCGAGACAGCCGUCAAUCCAAACCUGCCAAAAAAUUUUGAAAAUAUGAAGAUACUUUUCCAGCUUAAUCACCUGUCUCUGUCAAUCAAAGAGAGCCCAGAGAAGCCGGAGAUAAUCAAACUGUCCGUCAUUGAUCUGAAAGCCAUGCUGACUCAAAGACCUGCGGCCCAAGCAAUAAAGAUCUCUGCUCAGCUGUCAUCGUUCGAAGUGUCGGGUCUCCCACGAGGCAAGUCGGCCCCCAUCCUGCUGUCUCCACGUCAUGUGGUCGAGAUGAACGAUACAGCUUUACUGGACCUCAUGUUUGAGACAAACCCACUGGACGCAAGUGCAGACCAGAGACUCCGCAUCGAGUCCCAGGCGCUGGAGAUCAUCUAUGAUGCUAUGACAGUGAACAGUAUGUCAGAUUUCUUCAUGCCUCCAAAAGACCUGCAGCUGGAUGAACUGACCAACGCCACCCUCAUGAAGCUGGAGCAGUUCAGAGACAAGACCUCCACAGGACUCAUGUACAUCAUUGAGACUCAGAAGGUUAUGGAUCUGAAGAUAAACCUCAUGGCUUCAUAUGUCAUUGUACCAGAAAACGGCUUUUAUGACCCCAAACACAACCUUGCCAUUCUGGAUUUGGGUCAUUUCCAGAUUUCCAGUCAGAGCAGAGCUGAGCUGCCUCAGCUGUCUGUGGGCAGCAGCACUAUAGAGGACAUCAUGUCUCGAGCUUACGACAGCUUCGACAUCCAACUCAACAGUUUACAGUUCCUCUACACCAAAGCAGGUGGUGACUGGAAGAGGGCUCGUCCGCUCAGACAGUCUGCUUUCCACAUCCUGGAGCCUGUGGACCUGAAGGUGGUCUUCAGCAGAGCCAUGGUGGUGACGGACUCACGGAUGCCCAAGUUUAAGAUGUACGGUGAGCUCCCUCUGCUGUCUCUGUGUAUCUCUGAUGAUAAAGUGCGUGGUGUCCUGGCGUUGCUCACCAGUAUUCCACUUCCUGAGAGUCGCCCGGGACCUCAGACUAGAGGGCCACAAGUCACACCAAAGGCCUCCAAACGAGGGAACACACCUCAGCUCACCCCUCGAAGACCAGCCGUAGACGACCUGCGUGCAUCCAUCAUAUACGGCUCAGACGAAGAGCUGUUCUUUGAUGCCCCUAGUUCCCCGAUCGAGGAUCUGCCGUUCUUUGAGGCUUCCAUUGACUCUCUGCAGGGUUCAGCCUCUGAUAAGCGUCUGUCCAUGGUGCUCAGAGACCCCAAGAAGAACAUGACCGAGUUCCUCUUGAGAUUUGAGAUCAACAAGCUUUCCAUUCAGCUGUGCCGCUUGUCAGGCAGAGAGGAAGUGAGCGUUCUGCAUCUGUUCAUUGAUGGAUUAGGGACAGACCUCAAACUUCGCACCUUUGACAUGUCUUCAUACACCUUCCUGCGUGAGAUCUGCCUCGAGUGUUCAGAGUACUUGGAUUCUGAGGACAAGAAAGUUCACCUUAUCACCACUCUGGACAAUACUGAGGAAGAUCUGCUCACUUUGGAGUAUGUCAAGGCGGACAAAAAUGCACCAGAUUUCAAAACGAUGUAUAAAAAUACAGAGCAGCUAAUCAAGGUGAAUUUCUCCUCGCUAGACGUGCACAUGCACACUGAGGCGCUCCUCAACUCCAUAAAUUUUCUUAAUAACCUCCUCCCACCACUGAAGAAAGAAGCACAAGAGGAGCAGCCCGUCCUAGCCAAGGAGGAAAAGGAAGAGGAAGAGGAGGCGAAAAUAGAGGAUUCUGCUGUUACCAAGAAAUCUUCCUCUAAGAAGUCAAAGUUUGAGGAUGUGGUGAAUUUGCACAUCCGAGCAGACCUCAGCUGUCUGAAGGUCUUCAUAAGAGGAGAGAAAGCCAGGAUCUCUGAGAUCAGCAUCGAGGGGUUGGUUUCUGAAGUUCAGAUGAAGAAGAAGUGCGUAGAGAUUCUCGCUAACCUGAAGAACAUUGUAAUUCUGGAUUGUGAUAAAGAGGCACUAUACAAAAAGGCAGUGUCCAUCGCGGGUAAGGAGGUGUUUGAUUUCCGCAUGGUGAACCAUGUGGCUGCAACGGAGGGCGACGCCUACACAGACAUGCACAUUGUGGACACCAGUGUAACUUUGACUGUGGGCUGCAUUCAGGUUAUCUUCCUCAACAAGUUUAUGUCCUCAAUACUGGUAUUUAUUAAUAAUUUCCAGGAGGCUAAAAAUGCAUUGGCAGAGGUAACGGCCCAGGCAGCAGAGAAAGCAGCCUCAGGGGUUUUGGAGCUGGCAGAGAGAAGCACACGUAUCUCCCUGGAUGUAGACAUCAAAGCUCCUGUUGUCUUCCUCCCACAAUCCUCUGUUUCCAACAAUGUCAUUGUGGCAGAUCUGGGUUUAGUGACUGUAAAGAACCACUUUGAAAUGGUCUCCUCUCCAGCACACACCAAGAUCCCCCCUGUCAUGGACAUCAUGGCUGUGGGACUGAGUGAUCUUAAAAUGUACAGGACCACAUUCACUGAUGGACAAUUUAAGAGUGAACUUCAGUUACUCAAACCAGUAAACAUGGACCUGUCAGUCAAACGCAAUCUCUCUGCCUCCUGGUAUCACAGCAUACCUGACAUCCAGAUCAAUGCACACCUCAAACCCAUGAGCCUAAUCCUGAGUCAGGAGGACCUAACUAUAGUGCUGAAGACUCUGAGUGAGAAUCUGUCUGAGAGUUCUGAUGCUCCAUCCAGCUCUGAUAAAGGAGACACGGUUUCUACCAAGGAUUCUCAGAGUUCUGGAGGAAACACGGUUGUGACCGCAGCAGUGGUGGAAGGCCAAAAAACAGGCAAACUAAAGAACACUCUGAAACUGGACUUUAAGUUUGACUCCAUGACAAUAGUCCUGUACAGCCCUAACAACGAGAUCCAGUUAUCAGAUUCCCGUGAUGAGAGUUUGAAGUUGGCAGAGUUCAUGUUGGGCACCAUCUCCACUGCUGUGCACAUGUUCUCUGACAGCUCCAUGAAAGCAUCCCUCAAACUCACAAACUGUCUGCUGGAUGACAAGAGACAGAGUGUGAAAAUGAUCACAUCCAGGAUGAUGGCGAUGCGGCAGGGCAGGGAAGGCGAUGUGAUGGUAGACAUGAGUUACCGGAAAGGCCGGGACGGCACCAUGCUGGACACCCUGGUUCAGGACCUCUAUCUGUGUGCCAGUAUGGAGUUCCUGCUCACAGUAGCUAAUGUCUUUCUUAAAGCUAUGGCAGAUGGCUUCUCUGGUCCCCCUAAAAACAAACAACCCGCCAGUUCAUCUAAAGACACAGGAGUUCCUGCUGUGCCAGUGGCUGCCAAAACUGAGAUGAACAUUGUGGUAAAGAAUCCUGAGAUCGUUUUUGUGGCCGACCUCGCGCGCGCUGAUGCUCCGGCUCUCAUUAUGACAACACAGUGUGAGCUGGUGAUGAAGAACGAGCCCAGCGGUCAGUCGAUGACUGCCGCCAUUUCAGACCUGAAGGUGGUGGCUUGUCCGCUCCUGCGAGAGAAGAGGGAGCACAACGUGACGACGGUGCUUCAACCCUGUCAGGUGUUCUUUCAGAGCAGCCAGUCGCCUUCCCAGCCACAGUCCAUCGAGCUGUCCAUCAGCUCCCUCACGCUCAAGGUGUCUCCCAUCAUCAUAAACACCAUUAUCACCAUUCAGUCAGCGCUGAUCCCUGCAGCUGAGACCCCUGAAGAACUGGAGAGUCCUGUACCACAGGAUCUAUGGGAACGUCGCAACCUGCGAGACCUAAAGCUCUGGUUCCUGGAGGAGGAAGAAGAGAAUGUCACCCGGUCUGUCAUACGACUCGUUCCUAAUGGAGAGUCUCUCAAAAUGAACAUCGACUCCAUCUGCCUGACGCUGGAGGCUGGGGUGGGCCAUCGCACUGUGCCCAUGCUGUUGGCCAAAGCCUCGUUCAAGGGAGAUGUGAAAAACUGGAGUACUCUCAUUAACCUACACUGUCACCUGGACCUGGAGGUUAAUUAUUAUAAUGAGAUGAUGGGCUUAUGGGAACCACUGUUGGAGCCGCUUGAUGAUGAGGAGAAAGAUUGCUUCAGACCAUGGACUCUAGCAAUGAAGAUGAAAAAGAAGCCAGUAUCAUAUUCUGAAAUAUCUGACGAGGUGGACGGCAGUGUGCCUGAUUAUAAAACGGUCAUCAGCUUCACAAGUAAAGACCAGCUUAACAUCACCCUCUCCAAGUGUGGCAUCUACAUGCUCAGCAAUCUAGGAACGGCAUUUGCAGAGGCCACUAAGCAGACUGCCGAAUGCUUUCAGAAGGAUCAGGCUCCGUUUGUGGUGAAGAAUCGUUUGGGUUUGCCGGUGGCAGUGCUGCACAGCGAAGUGUUUAGACCCAUCGGUACAGAGUCUAAAAAUCGUGUGGUGGAGCUCCAGGAUGGAGAGAAUCUGAAUAUGGACUACACCCACACUGCUGAGUCCAGUGACCAAUUCUCAGCCAUGACCAGCCUCAGUGCCAAAAACUACAUACAGCCAACUCCAGUUGGCCACACUAGUGCAAGUGUAAUCCCACUAAUCAAAACAGGACGGGACAUGCACAGCGUCAUGCACCAUGACUCUGGUGUCACUCGCUUCUUUGUCUGUCAGAUUUACACCAUCGAGGGAAGCAAAUAUGUCAAGAUCCGCUCUCCUUUCCAGAUUAUCAAUCACUUUUCGGUGGCGUUUCGUGUUUAUGAGGGAUCUGAGUGUCUGGGCAUCUCUCUGCCUUCAGAGGAGUUCUGUGUGCCUCUGGGGUCCUACAGAGCUGAACUGAGCUUGCAGCCUGUAACUGAAGGUGAGGAGCAGUACGACCGCUCCGAGGGUUUCGCUUACACUGAGGUGAAUCAGAAGCCCGGAGAGUGUCUGGUGAAAACCUGCCAUCAUCAUGAAGACAGCGCUCGGAUGCUGAAGGUCAACAUGGUUCCUGUUCCAGACACUCUGAUGUCACACAGCACUGAGGAGGAGUAUGACAAGCCCAUCAUUCUGCACCUGUGGCCCACCGUUCUCCUCCGCAACCUCCUGCCGUACCCCAUCACCUUCAAGAUAAAGGGCAAUGGAGACUUCCCCUCUUCCUUACUGAAAGCGGGCCACUCCUCCCAGAUCCACACGGCGAUCAUGGAUUUCUCCACUCUGGAGCUGAAGCUGCUGGGAUACCUGCAGCAGGACUGGGAGUCCAAGUACAGUCUCUGCAGCGACGCUGACGAGAUCAGCUUCAUCAGAUUCCGCUCCCUGGGAGAGGACGAGGAGACGGAGGAGAGGCCGGAGCUAAACAUCGCUGUCCAUGUUAAGAAGGAGGAGGGUCAGCUGGUGGUGGCCAUCCACUCCCCGUACUGGAUGGUGAAUAAGACAGGCAGACUGUUGCAGUACAAGGCAGAUGAUGUUCAUCACAAACACCAGAAGGAUUACGACAUGCCCCUCCUCUUCUCUUUCAAGCCAUGCAACUUUCUGCAGAACAACAAGAUUCGCUUGAUGAUCUCAGAAAGUGAAUUAUCAGAUGAUUUCUCCAUCGACACUGUUGGGAGUUACGGUGAUGUCAAAUGCAAAGGGGGACAGAAGGAUUUCAUGGUGGGAGUGAAGAUAGAUGCAAGCAGCUUCAGUUUGACACGGUUGGUGACGUUCCUGCCCUUCUACAUGCUGGUGAACAGAACCAAGCACAUCAUCCGAGUCUGUGAGGAAGGUCUGGAUCAGUGGACAGAGGCCCGACCCGGAGAGGUUGCGGUUCCAUUCUGGCCAGAAAGAGACUCAAAGACACUCCGAGUCAAAGUGGAGGGCUGCCAAUCAUCGCCACAGCCGUUUGACUUCCACCAGCCAGAGAACUGCCUCCUGCUGCACCUGGACAAAACCUUGGGUGGUGUUAUUGUGGAUGUGAAUCUGACAGAACAUUCUGCCGUCAUCCGGUUCUCUAACUACUACGAUGGCGCCGCUCCAUUCCUCCUCAUCAACCACACUAAAGACGUGACGCUACAGUUCCACCAGAGCUCUCAGGCAGAAAUGGAUGAGCUGGCUCCAGGUCAGGCGGUGUACUACACCUGGGCCGAACCGACCGGCUCAAGAAUACUGAGCUGGAAGUGGGGCAAGUACAAAGGAGAGCUCAAGAGCGAAGAGGACCAGUUGUUGGAUGUGAACAAGGAGGGAAAAUUCUUUGUCGUCUCAUUUUAUGAAGGCCUCCAACGUGUGGCGCUUUUCACCACUGAGCAUUGUGUCUUCAAGAAGAUUUGCGAUAGUGAGAAAAUGGAGCUGGCUGAACAGGAAACCUGCAUCUCGUUACAGAACAUGGGCAUCUCACUGGUCAACAACUCCAGCAGCCAUGAAGUGGCCUUCGUUGGCAUCACCAGUUCUGAUGUGGUGUGGGAAACCAAGCCUAAGAAGCGCAGCCGAUGGAAGGUUUUGAGUGUUAAAGAGACUGCGAUGUUGGAGCAGCGCUACAGAGAAUAUAUGGAGAGCGGGCCAGUGGACAGCAUCAUCAUUGACCUUGAGAACAACUACCAGGUGUUGUUUGCUGCUAAUGGGGUGGACAUGAGGAUAAUGCAGCCCUUUGAUGCUCCGCUCAGGAGGAACUUCCUGCCAGCACUAAAGGUGGAGUACAGUGUCUCCGCCCGCCAAAAAACCUACAGAGUCCAGAUCAACAGGAUUCAGAUCCAAAAUCAGUUGCCUGGAGCCAUCUUCCCAUUCGUCUUCUACCCCGUCAAACCACCCAAAUCAGUCAGCAUGGACUCAGAGCCGAAACCGCUCGCUGAUGUCAGCAUCAUCACCAGAGUAGCCGGACACUCUGACAUUCUGCGCAUCAAGUAUUUUAAAGUGCUGAUUCAGGAGAUGGACCUGCGGAUAGAUCUUGGGUUCCUGUAUGCCUUACUUGAGCUCCUCACUGCUGAGCACGCCAGUGCUGUCACGUCAGAACAGCAGGUACAUGUAUUUGAUCUGUUGUUGGAUGUGUGUGGUGGUUUGUUUUAUAGUUCAGCCACAGACACGUCCCCCAUCAGCCUUUACGAAUACUUCCACAUCUCUCCCAUAAAGCUUCACUUGAGUUUCUCUCUGAGCUCCGGUGGUGAAGACGGGAAUAAGAUAGAGCGCGAGACAGGGGUCAUUCUCGUUCAGUCUCUCAACCUCCUGCUGAAGAGUAUUGGAGCAACACUCACUGACGCUCAGGACGUCCUCUUCAAACUUGCGUUUUGUGAGCUGAGGUACCAGUUCCGCACCACUCAGCAGCUGCAGUCGGAGGUCGUCCGCCAUUAUUCCAAACAGGCUAUCAAGCAGAUGUAUGUUCUGGUUUUGGGUUUAGAUGUCCUCGGGAAUCCUUUUGGACUGAUCCGUGGUCUGUCUCAAGGCGUCGAGGCCUUCUUUUAUGAGCCUUAUCAGGGUGCCAUACAGGGACCAGAGGAGUUUGUGGAAGGCAUGGCACUCGGUGUGAAGGCUCUGGUUGGCGGUGCUGUGGGCGGUUUGGCCGGAGCGGCGUCUCGGAUCACGGGAGCGAUGGCUAAAGGUGUGGCCGCCAUGACCAUGGAUGAGGAGUAUCAGCAGAAGAGACGCGAGGCCAUGAACAAGCAGCCCAGCGGUCUGAGAGAAGGCCUGUCACGAGGAGGGAAGGGACUCGUCUCUGGGUUUGUGAGCGGCAUCACCGGCAUUGUGACUAAACCCAUUAAAGGAGCUCAGAAGGAAGGAGCGGCGGGUUUCUUUAAGGGUAUGGGCAAAGGUUUGGUUGGAGUUCUGACCAGACCAACAGGGGGCAUCAUUGACAUGGCCAGCAGCACCUUCCAAGGCAUCAGAAGAGCUGCGGAGACGUCUCAGAAUGUGGAGAGUUUGCGUCCUCCUCGUUUCAUCCAUGAGGAUGGAGUCAUCCGGCCGUAUAAGGAGAGAGAGGGCAUAGGCAGCCAGAUGCUGCAGAAUAUUGAAAACGGACGGUUUGCCAAGUACAGAUACUUUGCUCAUGCUAAGGUGAACGAAUCAGAUUUCCUGAUGAUCACUAAAAGGGGGAUAUUUUUCGUGACUCAGGGCACGUUCGGGCAGCUGACGUGCGAGUGGCAGUAUCUGUUUGAUGAGUUUAUCAAAACGCCCGCAGUCGUGGAGGGCAGAAGACUGCGUAUAGAAGCAAAGGAACGAGUCAAAUCAGUGUUUCAUGCCAAAGAGUUUGGGAAGAUCAUCAAUUUCAAAACUCCAGAACUAGCAAAGUGGGUUCUUGCCAAACUUGAGGAUGCCAGGGAAACUCUACCGAAGUAAGGACAGUUAAAGCGACAUGCAAUGAUCCUGCGAUCAGCUGUGUGCCUUUAUGCUGCUAUUGCACUGUGCCACUUCACAUUAUACCCACAAUGCAACAGUCAUUCACUAAACACUGAAUACCACAUUGGUAAUGACUGUUAGACUGUGUGUUUGUGUGUUGAGUUUGCAUUAUAUUGUACACCCCCAACCCCUCCCCCCCACAAACUGUCUGACCUCACAGUUCAGCCACUGGAAAUACGUCUCAACUAAAACCACACUAAAGUGUAAAUUAAGGUGUCAUUUUAUACAAAUUAAUAAAGACCAAUAUUCUGUAUGUAUUUUCUUUGUCUUUACAUGUAGGAAUGUGUGUCGCAUUUAAACGGAAAUGACCUGGAAUGUUUGAAAAUGAGAAUCUCUUACUGUAUCUACAUGAGAGCAGGGAUAUUUUUUAAUGUGGUUUUGCAUGAAAUUAUGUUUUUGUUUCUCAAUGUCUAAUUAAUUCUAUAGCUUGUCUUCAUACUCAACAGUAAACAUUCAAUGGCUUCUUGACUGCUUGAUGUCUCUAUGUAGCCACACUACAUUACUGAAGAACUGUAACAUAAGACAAAUAUGCAACUGUUUAUUUUGUAGCUUUCCAGUAAAGCUAAUGUUGUCCAUUUUCUUAAUGAAUGAAAUUAAAGUCGAUAUGAAAUCAAAA